ACGACGCAAGCUUCGACUGGCUCGUGAGCGUUGAAACCUUUUCCUACUGUUGCCAUGCUGACGACGAGACUCGCUCUGCUUAGUCUCCCCUUCGCAGCUGUCCUGGCUAGUGCAAUACCUUUCAAGGGUUUCCAGCAAAAGGUGAAAGAGAGUAUCCAUGGUCCACCUAGUGGGUGGUACAAGCAUGCUCCUGCACCAAAGCAUCACAUGCUUGAGCUCAAGAUUGCUCUGCCUCAGCCCAAGUUCCCGGCACUUGAGCAACACCUCUGGGAAGUAAGUGACCCAAGCCACGCACGUUAUGGCGCGCACCUGUCGAAGCAGGAGACCGAAGCACUCAUGGCUCCCCACCCUGAGACUCUGGGCAUUGUCAGCGAAUGGCUGGCCUUACACGGUCUGGCAGAAGAAGAUGUUAUCCGUUCAUCUGCAAACGAUUGGGUUACUAUCCGUGUCCCUGUCGGUCUCGCAGAAGAGAUGCUGACUACUGAAUAUCAUGUUUACAAGCACGCUCAGACUGGAGAGAGCGUCAUCCGAACCAUGAGCUACAGUCUCCCUGAGAUCUUGCACGACCACGUCGAUCUCAUUCAGCCCACUACCAUGUUUGCUCGUUUCAAGGUGUUCAAGAGCACGCUGCACUGGACUAAUCAUGUGCAACCUGCGGAUUCGAGCCCAUCUGGCUCGACGAUCACAGGGCCUGCAGGCAACCAGGUUGAUGCGAGGUGCAACACCACGAUCACCAUUUCGUGCUUGAGACAGUUAUAUAACGCGGUGGAUUAUAACACGUCUGCCACGAACGGCAAUGUUCUUGGUAUCACUGCUUAUCUUAACCAAUCUGCCAAUAACAUGGACCUUCAGCAAUUCUACCAGCUUCAGAACCCAUCUGCUUAUGGCUCAAACUACACCUUCGUGUCCGUUAAUGGUGGUGAGAACAACCAGACCUAUGAAGCAGCAGGCGAAGAGGCCAACCUUGACACUCAGUUUGGCUUUGGGCUCACUUGGCCCACACCCGGAACGUUCUACUCCACCGGCGGCGAGCCUCCUUUUGACCCUGAUUUGUUGGAGGAGAGUGAUGAAAACGAGCCAUAUUCAUACUGGCUUGAAUAUGUCCUUUCGCAGGAUACAAUCCCUCAAUCGAUCUCCACAAGUUAUAGUGACGACGAGCAAUCCGUCCCGCGGUCUUACGCAACUCGUGUUUGCAAUGGCAUGGCAGCACUCGGUGUUCGUGGUGUCUCAGUGAUAUUCUCGUCUGGCGAUGGGGGUGUGGGUGACGGUGUUGCCUAUCCAGACAAACCUCUCGAGCACCAGUGUUAUUCUAAUGAUGGUCUUAAGACCCCGAUGUUCUUGCCUAUGUUCCCUCCUUCGUGCCCGUAUGUAACUGCUGUCGGUGGAACUAUCAACAUUCCCGAGACUGCAGCAAACUUUUCCGGUGGUGGAUUUAGUAACUAUUUCUGUCGUCCUUCGUACCAGGAUGAUGCUGUCUUAGCAUAUUUGGCAACGCUCGCUCCCGGCACCUACAAAGGUCUCUAUAACUCCACGGGACGCGCAUACCCCGACGUGUCAUCACAAGCAGUAAACUUCUUGAUAAUUUACCAAGGCCAGGAAACACUAGUUGCUGGUACAUCCUGCGCUGCGCCUACGUUCACUGCGUUCGUUUCGAUGCUGAACGAUGCACGUCUUUCUGCCGGAAAGUCUCCUCUUGGUUUCUUGAACCCUUUCUUGUAUUCCACGGGCUACACAGCGUUGAAUGAUGUCACCGGGGUUCCAACCCAGGAUGUCAGACUGAGGGCUUCAAUGCCACGGUUGGAUGGGAUCCUGUCACUGGAUACGGUACACCCAACUUCGAAAAGUUGAAGGAUUUGGUCUUGGCCAUGUAGAGGAAUAGACAGGAUCUAAGGUGUAUAUUU